UCACGCCGCGGUGACGCCAUCGCCCCGUCGCCGCGCGCCCGGCGCCGCCAUGUUCAAGGUAAUCCGGCUGGGGGCCACCCCUGUCAGCCUGGGCUUGCUCUCUGUCCAGGUUUAUGCUGCUUCCUCAGAGAAGGCUUCCAAAAAGGAGUUGCUGAAAGUUGAGGAGCUGUCACUGUACUCCUCCCCAGCUCGUGAGACGAAAUAUGUGGAGAGUCCCAAAACAGAAUUGGAGGAGGGGGUUUCCCGUUUGCGGCAGGUUUUGGAGCCAUACACAGCCUGGUGUCAGGAUCUUUAUGCCAAAGCUGUGCCCAAGUUAGAAAAAGCUGUUGAGCAUGGUAGAGAGGGCUAUGAAUUUCUCCAAAAACCUCCUGCUGGAUUUUAUCCAAGGCUUGGUGUGAUAAGUUUUGCUGGAAUUAUUGGAUUGUUUCUUGCUAGAGGCUCAAAAAUAAAGAAGUUGGUGUAUCCUGCAGCUCUCAUGGGUAUGGGUACCUCCAUGUAUUACCCUCAGGAAGCAGUUGCUAUUGCAAAGGUUGCUGGCACACAGCUGUAUGACUGGAGUCUUCAAGGAUAUAUUGCUGUAGAAGCUCUUUGGAAGGAUACUCCUAAGAAGAAGAAAUCAGGGGAAAAAGGUGAUAAGGGUGAUGCAGUGGGUGACAAGCCCCUGGAAGUCCAUGCUGCUUCAAAUAAAGAGCAGACCCAGAAGUAGAAUGCUACAUCACCUGGCAUCAGACAGUUUUUUUUCCAUGCCCCAGCAUCAGUCACACAUGUUUGCAGAUGUGGUGGAAUCACCCAUCUGCUGAGCAGCAGUGUUCCACUGCCUCAUGGGCAGCUUUAAAAGAAAACCUGGUUUUUAAUGUUAAAGUGUUUUAAUUGUUAUUGCUAAUUUUCACAACAGCAAUGUGAGCUUGUUGACUGGCUGAUGUACUGAGUACCUUAGCUUUCCCUUUAGAGCUAUGAAUAUAAAGUCUUUAAAAAUACAUGUUUUCCAAGUAAUUUGUAAGAUAGUAAUUUAAAAUAAAAACUAAAAAAAUAAUGGAAGGAUUAUUGAAUAUUUUUUUCUGUAAAGAAUCCCAAGAGAACUGAGAGGAAGAAAAGCCUCUCUAAAAUUCACUGAAAUAUUGUUGUGCUUCUUGUCAGCUAGGACAGAGCUAGUAAAUUAUAAAAACCCAAGAAAACUGAACUUUUGUUUGUGACACUGCACAAAUAUCAAGGUUCCAGAAAUCCAUAAAUAGGUUUUAUUUUCUUUUAGAAUUUCUUGCUAUGAAUAGAAUUUUUUUAUUCACUUUUUGAAAUGUCAGCCUUUUGCUUCAGGCACAUUUUCCUUGUUUGAGGAAGGCUUUAAGAGAGUGAAGAUAAAUUGCCCAGGAGCUUGAAGAACCUGAGUGCUCCUGGUUUUGAAACCUCCAUGCUUCACCUCACGUUGUUUCUGGAGGAGGCACAUGAAGGGAACUGCUGCAUUUGUGACCUAGGGCAAGCAGAUGGUGAAAGUUCAAUUCAGUAUCGAGUUCAGCUGCGCUGCGGGGGUGGCAGUUUGUUACUUGUGCUUGAAAUCAAAUCCUGUCAUUUAACUCCAUACCCAAGUCCAGAUGUUUUGUUGGAUUUGGGUGAUCCCAAAGGUUGGAGAACAUUGCUGUGAUCUUUGAAAAGACACAUUUUUUAUUUUGGAUGAGAUCAGUCCUAAAAAUCUCACUGCAUUUUCAACUGUUGGGAAUAUUCCUAGUUGAAUGUGGUUACUAAAAUAAAGACAAUGUCAUUUCCUCCAUGAUUUGCCACAGCAUGGGUCUCUGAACUGUGAAUGGUCAGCCAAGGACAAAAUCAUAUUGGGUUGAAGACAACAACAUAUUUCUCUGUUCCAAAAACCGGCAGCACUGCACCUCUUUUAUUAUAGUUUUUCAUCAGAAAUUAUAUGCAAACUUCAGCUCAAACCACAUCCCACUGUGGAAGAAAAAAACUUUAAUUUUAUCCAGCUGUUGUAUUUGGGAGUUGCACAGAAGUGACAGGGUUUUGUGUUUUUCCAUGAAGAUGGCAUAUCUCAUUUUUACUCUGUUCCAGAUCUAUAUAUAUGUAAUUCCAGUUCUUUGAGUUAAAUUGCCCUAGUCUUGUUCCAGAGUAAAUAAGAUUGAGAAAACAUGCAUUUGAUGGGAAUUUAAAAGAAUUAUUUUUGAAAAAGUUGGUUUAUUGUACAAGAUUCCAGUUGGUGUUUGGUUUGAAGUGUUCUCUUUUGUCUUUCCAUUUAGUUCAACUAUGGGAAUGGAGUCCUCUAGAACAGACAUGAUGUUUAGUGCUCUAAUAUCAGUAAUAUGAAGAGUUAAAUAUCUCUCCUGCAAGCAAAUUGGUGUUGAGAAUGUUCCUCAAACAGAUUUUUUCAACUUGCCACAUCAAAGAAAAAAGUUUUGAUUACACUGUAAAAAUGAAAGGGCCUGUGAUAAAUUUAAUUCUGCUUUCUCCCUCCAUUCCUCUCCCCCUUAACCUCUGUCCCCUUUCUU